AUGUGGGAAGGAAGGACAAGAAAUUGUAAACUGGAGGUUCAGAUAAGCUUGAAACAAUAUCUAGAUUUAUCUGGCAAAUCCCUAGCACGACACAGGAGUUGGGAAUUGAUUUCAAGUUCGACCUUUUGGUGAAAGUUAACAGGAAAUUCUAUUUUUUUAGAAUUUCUAUGAGGUAAUCAUACUCCCUGAAGUCUAUAGUAUACCAGCACAACGGCGGAGCUUAAAAGCAAACCAGAUGCCAAUAGCAUCAGGGUCCAAAGGAGGAGCAAAGUGAAUAAUUUUUUACGAAAAUUUCUAUUAUUUUUAAAUAAAAAAUAUUCAAAAAUUAUAAAUUGAAAUAAUAUUUUUAAAAUUUUAAUUUUUCCAUUAAAUAGGUCAAAAAUAAGUAUAUCACCUAUAAAAUUUUCUAAUUAAGAAAAAAAAUUACCCCCAAAUUAAGGAGAUUAAAAUAUCCAAAAACUAAAAAUUUGCCUUUAUUUUAUUAUAAUUUAAAGGGGGAAAGUUAGAUUAGCAUGAGUCUUUUCAUAA